AUGCUCUCUGCUUCGAACAACCUUUCCUCCCUCAGAGGUCUCGGUGGUCCUUUUACCUCCCGUUCUUUAACUAGACCAACCAACAAUGGCACCAGAACCUGGGCCAGCAUCGUCGCCGGUUCUCCUCAGCCCAAAGCUCUUAAUGCCCCUCGUGCACCAAGUCUCCAGGCUGUCCCCGAGCAUGGGCAUUCGAAUAUUCCCACACUUACUCUGGGUGAACCACUCGUGCCUCUGGAUGGUGCAAUGACUUCCCUCGGUCAUGCUGACUGGUGUAACGUGAUGUACAACGGAGUUGCUGACCCGCCAUCAGUUUUCAACUGUUGGAACAUGGGUGCUUCUGGUUUGGACGUCUAUGGAUAUCCUAUCAAUGGCUAUCCCUGGAAAGCAACUCCUGAAAGAGCACGCACUCCACAGCCCGGCGGGGAUCCCACGCCAGCUCGUAUUGUCUAUACUGCGCGUACAGUUUCAUAUGACAGUAUCACUAGACUCCCUUCUCCGGUGAGGACAACUAGCACUUCAAACGAUAUCAGCAAGCUUGAAGACAUCGACGCAAUGACGGUCAAAAGAACCCUGAUGCCCGAGAAUGACUCCGAACAUGUCAGCAAGCCUAACCCUCGCGGUCUCAGAGUGAAGGAAACCUCCCAGCAGAGGAGCGAGCGCAGAAGAAGAAACGGUGGCCGUAAGCGUAACGCGAAUUGGCUGGCUCGCCAUGGAAGAUUCAUGGCCAGCAGAAUGCUGGAAGAGAAAUAA